AAGAAACGAGGAAGAUUUUUUCUUUGCCUUUGAGGUUGAUUUUGAAGGUUCAUUGGUCAGUUUUUUUUGGAGGGACAAGCAAAUGAAGGAAGAUUAUUGUUUAUUUGGCGACUUGAUUGUGCAUGAUAUAACAUAUCGUACAAACAAAUAUGAAAUGAUUUGUGGGCCAUUUGUUGGGGUUAACAACCACACUCAUAACUGUAUGUUUGGUUGUGGGUUUUUAUUAAAUGAAAGAAUUGAAUCUUUUGAAUGGUUGUUUCACACUUUUCUAGAAGCAAUGGGUGGGUUGCAUCCUAAGACUAUUAUGACUGACCAGUCUUUUGCAAUGUCUUCUGCAAUUUCAUCAGUAUUCCCUAAUUCCAAACAUCGUCUGUGUGUAUGGCACAUUUCUGAAAAUUCCAAGAAGCAUAUAAGGGAUUUGAGGAACCAGGAUGGUUUUUUGGAUCUUUUUGAUCAUGUUCUGAAACUUUGUCAUACCAUUCCUGAGUUUGAAUAUUACUGGAAUAGGUUGGUUACAGAGUAUUCGUGUAUGAAUAAUGAUUGGUUAAAGAAGCUUUAUAACCUUCGAGAGAAAUGGUGCCCAGCAUUUUCAAAGGAUUUCUUCUCUGCUGGUAUUUUGUCUUCCCAACGUAGUGAGUCAACCAAUCAUGCCUUGUCUAGGAAAAUGCAAAGGAAAGUUCACAAAGUUUUGUCUUCGAGUGAUUCCAAUGAAGUAGCUAGGGCUUUGUGUGAGGAAGCAUUUAACAAGUUGAAAGUCGAUGUUGAAGCUCAUGUUGGCAGCAUUUAUUUUUCUGAUACUGAUUCACCUCAUAAUGGAGAAGUUCAGAUCAGUAAUCCAAAGGGUUCGAGGAAUAAGGGAGAAAGGAAUGUUAGACGGAAAAGUGUUAGAGAAAAGAAGACUAAUCAAGCUAGAGGCCGAAAACAAGCUGUCCACCGGAGUGCUUCUACAUGUUCUGCAGAACUUCCAAGUUCAAUGGCUUGUUCUUCAUUGUUAGAUACAUGAAUUAUGAUUUGUUCACUUUUUACCUUAAUGUUUAUCGGAAAUGAAUUGGAAAUGUUCACUUUGGAGUUAUUUUGAGUUCUGAAAAAGUUUAUAGGCAAUGAGUUGGCAUUGGUUUUGUUUCUGGUGUUUUAUUUUUUACUGGGCAGUAUGUUAACCAACCAUUGUGUUUCACUCUUUUAGCUCUUCUGCAAUGUUUUAUCAUGGCCAUGUAAACCACUGUCAUUCCUUUGGAUGUCACAAAAUAAACCACUGUCAUCACAAAAGAUGCUGACAGUGAAGGGAAUGUCUCCAGACCUGUGGUACUUCUAUCAUAUGUUGCACUGAAUUUUAUGCCUUUUUAAAUCUCCGUAAGUUUUGUGUAAUGAAUACCAUGACAUAUC